GAAGCAGAAGCGAUCCUGCUCGGCUCCAGCCCGCGUUGUUUUUCUCCAGUGUCGAUUCAGCCGCUCGGGAAGCUUGGUCGUCUGCAGAACACGCUUCAGAACUGCGGAGAAUGGAGGUCCGAGCGGCAGCGCGGGGCCGAGAAGCCGCCGGGCGGGUCGCGCUGUUGGCCGUGCUGCUGCCGCUGUGCUGCCGGGCGGCGCCGGAGCGGCUCCGCUACGCAAUCCCUGAAGAGCUGGGCAGGGGUUCACUGGUGGGAUCGCUGGCGCGGGACCUGGGGCUGAGCCCGGCCGAACUGCCGGCGCGUCAGCUGCGGAUUGUCUCCGGUGAUGAAAAGCGAUACUUCGUUCUUGAGGAAGAGAGUGGAAGCCUGCGUGUAAACGAGAGGAUAGAUCGGGAGGGCAUCUGCGGGGACGUGACGCCUUGUGUCUUUGGUUUGGAAACUGUCGUGGAAAACCCUUUCAAUAUAUAUCACGUGAGCAUUACUAUCCAGGAUAUCAAUGACAACGCGCCGCGCUUUGACAAAGAAAUUGUUGCUAUAGAAAUGAUCGAGUCCACUCCCCCCGGGACGAGGUUCCCUCUGGGCAGUGGCAGAGACCCCGACAUUGGAGUGAACUCGUUACAAAACUACCAACUUACCCCCAAUCCGCUCUUCUCCCUUGUAGUGAAGGAGAGUUCUGACGGGAGGAAACACGUGGAAUUGCUAUUGGAGAAAAACUUAGAUCGUGAAAAACAGAAAAGCCAUAAUUUGAUACUGACGGCAGUGGAUGGUGGGGAUCCAGUCCGAUCUGGAACGGCGCAGAUUAAAGUUGUUGUGACAGAUGCAAAUGAUAACGCACCAGUGUUCGACAAAGAGAUUUACAAGGUUCGAGUGCCAGAAAACCUUCCAGAAGGCUCCUUAGCUUUUCAGGUGAAAGCUACUGAUGGCGAUGAGGGUACAAACGCAGAAAUCACCUAUUCCUUCAAUGACAUCGCAAGCAGCGCUCACCAACUCUUCAGUCUGGACCCCAAGACAGGUGAUGUGAAGAUUAUCGGUCCCCUAGAUUAUGAAGAUGUGAAAUAUUAUGAAGUAACUGUUGAAGGCAAGGACGGAGGCGGGCUGAGUGCACACACCAAAGUGCACAUAGAAGUUAUAGACGUGAACGACAAUGCUCCAAGCCUUACCCUCCUGCCUAUUUUGAACCCGGUACCCGAGGAUUCAGUCCCGAGCACAGUCGUGGCCGUUAUUAACGUUCGUGACAGGGACAGCGGAGUAAACGGAGAAGUGACCUGUAAUCUUGACGGUGACUUGCCUUUCAAACUAGAAGCGUCAUCAGAGAGUACCUACAAACUUGUAAUUGAAAAUAGCCUGGACAGGGAGGAAGUUUCUGCUUACAACAUCACAAUCAUCGCCACGGACGGGGGCAGCCCGGCGCUGUCGAGCCGCGCGGAUCUGGCGCUGGAGGUGUCGGACGUGAACGACAACGCGCCGGUGUUCGAGGAGGCCGCCUACAGCGCCUACGUGCCCGAGAACAACGCGGCCGGAGAGCUGGUGCUGCGCGUGAGCGCGCGGGAUGCGGACGCGGGCGUCAACGGGCGCGUGAGCUACGCGCUGGCGGGCGGCGGCGCGGACGCGGCGUUCGUGUCGGUGCGGGCGGAGACGGGCGAGCUGUACGCGCAGCGCUCCUUCGACUACGAGCAGUGCCGCGAGUUCGCCGUGGAGGUGCGGGCGCGGGACGGCGGGACGCCGGCGCGCAGCGCGACGGCGACGGUGCGCGUCUUCGUGCUGGACCGCAACGACAACGCGCCGCGGGUGCUGUGGCCGGCGGCGGGCGGGGCGGAGGGCGGCGGCGCGGGCGCGGGGCCGUUCGAGGUGGUGCCGCGCUCGGCCGAGGCCGGCUACCUGGUGGCCAAGGUGGUGGCGGUGGACGCGGACGCGGGGCGCAACGCGUGGCUGUCGUACGAGCUGCUGCGGGCGCCGGAGCCGGCGCUGUUCCGCGUGGAGCCGCGCAGCGGCGAGGUGCGCACGGCGCGGGCCGUGUCGGAGCGGGACGCGGCCAAGCAGCGGCUGGUGGCCGUGGUGAAGGACCACGGGCAGCCGGCGCUGUCGGCCACGGCCACGCUGCACGUGGUGCUGGCCGAGAGCGUGCGGGACGCGCUGCCGGAGCUGGGCGAGGGCCCGGCGGCCGCCGACCCGCCGGCGGAGCUGCGCUUCUCGCUGGUGCUGGCACUGGCGCUGCUGUCGGCCGCGUUCCUGCUGAGCGCGGCCGUGACGCUGCUGGCGCGCCUGCGCCGGGCCGGGCCGCCCGCCGUCCUGCGCUGCCUGGGCGCACGGCGCUUGUCGGCGUCGGGCCCCGCCGUGCCGGCCGACUUCUGCGAGGGCACCUUGCCCUACUCCUACAACCUGUGCGUGGCGCCGGGUCGCGCCGUGGCCGAGGGCGCCUGGCUGCUGCCGCCUGCCUUGCAGCCCAGCGCGGCCGCCAAGGAGCCGCUCGGUGGGGAAACCUGCGGGAAGCGGAGCCCGAGCGACAGCGCCGGCCCUGGAGAGCCGCCCGACGACCUCUGCGCACCGCAGGUCAGUAAGCCCAUGAAACCCGUAUUUCUGAGUCUUUCUCAUCUCACGCUGACGGUCACGGGCCCUCGGUCUUCUUUUGUCUGUGUUGAGUGGAGCUGGUGGUUUUUGAUUGAGAGUGUGCAGGCAUCCUGUGGUGCUCCUUCCUAA